CUCCUGCUGCCGCUGCCGCCGCCGCCUCCUCAUUCAUCCUCGUGCACCAUAGGCGGCACAGGCACCAAGAUGUCCAACCGAGUGGUCUGCCGGGAAGCCAGUCACGCCCGGAGCUGGUACACAGCGUCAGGACCGCAGCUGAAUGCACAGCUAGAAGGUUGGCUUUCACAAGUACAGUCUACAAAAAGACCUGCUAGAGCCAUUAUUGCACCCCAUGCAGGAUAUACGUACUGUGGGUCUUGUGCCGCCCAUGCUUACAAACAAGUGGAUCCAUCUAUUACCCGGAGAAUUUUCAUCCUCGGGCCUUCUCAUCAUGUGCCCCUCUCUCGAUGGGCACUUUCCAGUGUGGAUAUAUAUAGGACACCUCUGUAUGACCUUCGUAUUGACCAAAAGAUUUAUGGAGAACUAUGGAAGACAGGAAUGUUUGAACGUAUGUCUCUGCAGACAGAUGAAGAUGAACACAGUAUUGAAAUGCAUUUGCCUUACACUGCUAAAGCCAUGGAAAGCCAUAAGGAUGAGUUUACCAUUAUUCCUGUACUGGUUGGAGCUCUGAGUGAGUCAAAAGAACAGGAAUUCGGAAAACUCUUCAGUAAAUAUCUAGCGGAUCCUAGUAAUCUCUUUGUGGUUUCUUCUGAUUUCUGCCAUUGGGGUCAAAGGUUCCGUUACAGUUACUAUGAUGAAUCCCAGGGGGAGAUUUAUAGAUCCAUUGAACAUCUAGAUAAAAUGGGUAUGAGUAUUAUAGAACAAUUAGACCCUGUAUCUUUUAGCAAUUACUUGAAGAAAUACCAUAAUACUAUAUGUGGAAGACAUCCCAUUGGGGUGUUAUUAAAUGCUAUCACAGAGCUCCAGAAGAAUGGAAUGAACAUGAGCUUUUCCUUUUUGAAUUAUGCCCAGUCAAGCCAGUGUAGAAACUGGCAAGACAGUUCAGUGAGUUACGCAGCUGGAGCACUCACAGUCCACUGAAGCUCUGAAUCCUCAGGGAUGCCACCUGCACAUACUCAUACUCUUUCCGGGGUCCCAGCCUGGCCUUUACCAAGAUACUGGUCCUGGUUUGGGGGGAUUCUGAAACCUCAAACUUAUAGAACUUUCUUCUCUUCUUUUCUAGUAGGUGUAGUCCUUCCUUAAUUUCAACUCAUUAAAAAAAUGCUUUAUAGUUUAGGGCAGUGGAAGGAAGGCUGGCAUCAAAAUAUUUUGAUCAAAAAAGAUGACAAUAUAAAGG